AAGAUUAUUAGAAGAACUUGACAAUGGAGUCCUUCUAUGCCAACUGAUCAAUGUUCUGCAAAAUACAAUUAAAACAUGUUGUAAUUCUGAGGACCUAGGGGAUUUUCCAAUGAGAAAAAUGCCCUGUAAAAAAGAUGCCCCAUCAGGCUCAUUCUUUGCUAGAGACAAUACUGCCAACUUCCUUCACUGGUGCAGGCGUGUUGGUGUUGAUGAGACUUACCUCUUUGAAUCUGAAGGCUUAGUUUUACACAAAGAUCCAAGACAGGUUUAUCUUUGCUUGCUGGAAAUUGGAAGAAUUGUAUCAAGAUAUGGGGUUGAGCCACCUGUAUUAAUAAAACUUGAGAAAGAGAUUGAACUAGAAGAAACCUUGCUAAAUACCUCUGGGACUCUCCUUCCAGAGAGCCCUCCAAAAUCCUGCUGUCACCAAGGAGAGCUCCAUGAAGCUGUUAAACACAUUGCUGAAGAUCCUCCCUGUAGCUGUUCUCAUCGAUUUUCCAUUGAAUAUUUGUCUGAGGGUCGCUACAGAUUAGGAGACAAAAUACUUUUCAUACGAAUGCUUCAUGGAAAACACGUGAUGGUUCGUGUUGGUGGAGGUUGGGAUACUCUUCAAGGUUUUCUGCUUAAGUAUGACCCCUGCCGAGUGUUACAGUUUGCAACUCUAGAACAAAAAAUCCUUGCUUUUCAAAAAGGCAUUUCUAAUGAGAGCAUUCCGGAUUCACCAGCCAGAACUCCACCACCUCCUUUAAUGGAUCCAAUGUCAGCAGUUAACAUGAUUCAGAAGCAAAAUUCGAGACCUGGCACACCAGUUUCUGUGCUGAGGGCCAGGGAGAAACAGGCCAUUAGCAAACGUCCCCAGUCGCCUACACCACAUCUGCCCACCUCGCUAAAAGCUGGUCACUCCAACUCUGGGCCUUCUAAAGUACCAAAUUCAUCAGCAACAGCUUCUCUUCAGCAUCUCACAUGUCCCAAAGGAGCACCAAAGAAACCAUCUUCUCUUGCCCAUCCAGUCAGUAAAAGCACUUCUUCACCUGAUUCAUUAAGGACUGUAUCGAGUGUCUCUGAGUCUCUCCGCAAACGUGUUUUGUCACCUGAUUAUCCCAAAGCCAAGUGUCCACCAGCACAGAAUUCAAGAGUCAGGCCAUCUCCUGCAAAUAAGUAUUCUGAUAAAAGCGAGCCAAAGCAGUUAAAGCACAAUUAUGGUUCUUCUAAGCACUGUGCAGUGUCUCACUCAGCAUCCCCAAAGCCACCAAAACUUCCCGUAACAAAUAUUAGGCAAGCAUCUAAGGCUUCCCCUUCUCUUCAGUCCCCUGCAAAAAUAGCAAAAUCUAGUUCUAAAAGCACAACUGAAAGGCCAGGUACAGCACAACCUCAGCCACCCAGUAGAGGGCCACAGAUGAGAAGAGACCAGACACAGAAACUCAAUUCCAUCCGGAAUUUAAACCAACCAGUUUCUGCAGUCUCUGUUAUGCCUGUAAAAACAGCCCAGGUAGCAACCUUGCUGGGAUCAAAUGGUAAGAAUGUGGCUUCUGAAACUAAAAAACAGUCCCCAAAUAAGAGCAAAGGUCUUCCAAUGGGAUCUAGCCUGUCAAAACCUUCUGUUCGUACCCCUCUGUCAGUUGUAAAGCUUUCCCAGUCUUCCAUCAAAACACAGACUUUAGUAAAGGCAGCUCAGCCUGCCACAAAGGGUCAGCCAUUGAUGAAAACCCCACCAAAGAACAGCAAAACCACAAAUUUGUCAACCAAGAAACCACUCUUGUCCAAGAAGGAAACCGUUGUUGAUGGUGACAAGCCCAUACUGAAGAAAAAGGAGGAUGACCAUUAUUUUGUUAUGUCUGGAAAUAAGAAAGCUAGAAAAUAA